GAAUCCGAAUAAAUGAAAUAUUAUACUUAUUUUAACGAGUGACAAUAACCAUAAUAUUAUUAUGUACCCAGGCAUAUAAAACGUGUUCUAUUGGAAAAAUGAUCAACGAUACAGUUAGUCGGUCGCCGCGCGCGCUGCUCAUUGAUCGCUGUCGUACGUGGUUUAUACGAUUAUAACAUUAGUUAAGUACAUUACAUUAUUACAUUUAUAUUCGUGCGAACGGUUCGUGUUUUUUGCGAUAAUAUUUUUAUAAAAUCUGCUAAAAUACGUUGUUACGUUUUUCUCGGCGUGCCUGCCACAAUAAGUGCUACACGUUUUAAAAAAUAUAAUUUGUAAUGAAAAAACGUGUGUUUGCGGUAUCAAGUCAGUUUUGACCACGACGAUAACAUUCAGAUUGGGUUUAAUCGGUGUAAAUGUGAUCUGGGAAAAAAAAACUAUGCAAUUUCGGAAUCGACGGAUACGUAAGUUGAGUAGGUUAUCGGUAGGCAGUUAGUGAAUAAGCACCUACAUCAGACGUGUUUUGCAGGAGAGUACUUUUUGUACAAGUCUAACGUUCAACAAAGUUCGUAUUAUCAACCAUGGAUUUUAAAGUGCAAAAUAAACACACCGUUCACUGGUUUCGUAAAGGGUUGAGACUGCAUGAUAACCCUAGUUUACGAGAGGGGCUGAUCAAUGCUAAAACAUUUCGAUGCAUUUUCAUACUUGAUCCGUGGUUUGCUGGUGCGUCAAACGUAGGCGUCAAUAAAUGGAGAUUUCUCUUGCAGUGCCUAGUAGAUUUGGAUAACAGCCUGAAAAAACUAAAUUCUAGACUUUUUGUUAUCAAGGGACAGCCAGCCGAAGCAUUACCUAAACUGUUUAGACUAUGGGGUACAACAAACUUCACGUUUGAAGAAGAUCCUGAACCGUUUGGUCGAGUGAGAGAUCAAAAUAUAAAAGUCAUGUGUAGUGAAAUGGGAAUUUCUGUCAUAACUCGUUGUUCACACACCCUGUACCAAUUAGACAAAAUAAUAAACGUGAAUGGUGGAAAAGCUCCAUUGACAUAUCACCUAUUUCAAAAAUUAUUAGAGUGUAUUGAUCCACCGGAAAGAGCCGUGCCUAGCAUUGAUAAAGAAUUUCUUGGUAAUGCUUUUACGCCAACUAAAUAUGACCACGAUGAAAUAUUUGGUGUCCCUACACUUGAAGAACUUGGAUUUAAAGAGAUAAACAACCCAGCACGACAAGUAUGGAUAGGGGGCGAGACGGAAGCUUUGAUAAGAUUGCAAUGUCAUUUAGAACGGAAAGCAUUCAUUGCAUCUUACGGAAAACCAAAAAUGACACCACAAUCUUUAAUAGCUAGCCCCACUGGUCUCGCGCCGUAUUUGAAAUUCGGAUGCUUAUCUACUAGAUUGUUUUUUUCAGAACUAAAUGAACUUUAUAAGAAGAUUCGAAAAUCACAACCACCGCUUUCGCUGCACGGACAACUAUUGUGGCGAGAUUUCUUUUACUGUGCGUCCACCAACAAUCCAAACUUCGAUCGAAUGGUCGGAAAUCCGAUUUGCGUGCAAAUACCGUGGGAUAAAAAUCCUCGAGCUCUGUCCAAGUGGGCGAACGGACAAACUGGUUACCCGUGGAUUGAUGCGAUCAUGAUACAGCUGAGGCAAGAAGGAUGGAUACACUGCAUAGCGAGACACGCAGUCGCAUGCUUUCUCACUCGGGGUGACCUAUGGCUGUCUUGGGAAGAAGGAAUGAAGGUGUUCGAUGAACUAUUGUUGGACGCCGAUUGGUCAGUAAACGCUGGUUAUUGGAUGUGGUAUUCGUGUUCGUCGUUUUACCAAGAGUUCAUUCACUGCUAUUGUCCAGUUAGGUUCGGUCGAAAAGUAGAUCCGAACGGUGAUUAUAUAAGAAGAUACAUUCCAGCAUUGAAUAAUAUGCCUAAUCAAUAUAUCCAUGAGCCAUGGUUAGCUCCCGAGUCCAUUCAAUUUACUGCGAAUUGUAUAAUUGGCAUUGAUUACCCAUUACCAAUUGUAAAUCAUGUCAAUGCUUCUAAAAUCAAUCUCGAGCGAAUGAAACUGGCGUAUCAGCAGCUGUCUAACUGUCAGCCACAGUUAGAAAAUGGUAAAUUAAUUCUAAUCUCUUCGUUAAGAAGAUAAAUGAAACAUUGCACACAUAUAAAAAUAAUUAGUCAUAAUAUUUUAUUAAAAAUGUAAAAUUAUUUAAGUAAUUAAUAACAUGAAUGUAUUAAUUGUAUAAUACUUGUAUAAAAAUAUUUAUUUUAAGAAUUAUAUAGGUAUUGACGUAUUGUAAUGACAAGAUAGACAAUAUACUUAUUUUUUUUAAUAAUUAAGUAUUAAAAGUUAUUAAAUACUACAAAAACCCGUAGGGCUGUAGAUGCAAUUUCUGUGCGUUGGAACAAUCAUGUUAAAGCUAGCUGGUAGGAAUUAAUUAUAUAACAUUUCUAAGAUUUUUGUUAAUUUGAAUUUUAUCAUUAUAAGUUAUUUUUGUUAACAUAAUAAUAUAUAACCAUAUAGGUAUGAUACAUAGUAUAGACUAUAGAUAAUACUGAUAAUAGGUAGGUACUCAGGUACCUCUGAGCUAUUAUUUUACUCUAAAUUUAAUAAAAAGCCUGUGUUUUAUAUUCAUUUAAUAAUCAUUUUUUAACACAUCAAUUUAUUUAAGCAUACCUCUUAUAUAGUUUUCUUUUAUACAUUUUAUAUUUUAUACAUUAAAUAUAAUAAAAAUUAUAGGUAUACAACAACUUAAAUUGAUAUUAGAUAUUGAUAUUGAUAAAUGUUUAGUAUCAUCAUGUAUAAUAUUAAUACUUUUUAUUAGUAUUAUAAUACUAUAGAACAUGAUAGGUAUAUUUUAAAUUGUAAUUUAUUUUUUUAAUGACUGAAUCCUUAUAACAUU